CGCAGAGGCUGCAGUCGCCAGAGUCCCGAGCCGCUUGCUCAGCGUCCGGUGGCCACGGGGCAGUCGCUCUACCCGCGGGGCGGGGCGAGGGCGGCGCCAGCAGGACGCACCGGAGCCGGGGAGCGACCCGCACCAUGCUGGAAGGAGACAUUGGCCUGGAGGGGCUGUCCCCCAAGGAAGCCCCUGCAGCCCAGGCCGCCGGGGCCGUGGAUGGGGAGGGCGCGCCGCCCGGCGGUCCCAGCGAACAGGCGGCCAAGAUGAGGGUCCACGAGAAGUACUCGACGCUCCCGGCCGAGGACCGCAGCGUUCACAUCAUUAACAUCUGCGCCAUCGAAGACAUUGGUUACCUGCCGUCCGAGGGCACGUUGCUCAACUCCUUGUCUGUGGACCCCGACGCCAAGUGCAAGUAUGGCCUGUACUUCAGGGACGGCAAGCGCAAGGUGGACUAUAUCCUGGUGUACCAUCACAAGAGGCCUUCGGGGGGCAGAGCCCUACCCAGGAGGGUCCUGCACAAUGACGCUGCCCUUGGGGCUCGAGGUGCCAAGCAGGACCAGCCCCUGCCUGGGAAGGGGGUCCAGAUGGAGGCGGGCUCCCCCGAGCCCCCCAUGGACUACUACGAGGACGACAAGCAGUUCCGCAGGGAGGAGUACGAGGGCAAUCUCCUGGAGGCGGGCCUGGAGCUGGAGCGCGACCAGGAUACUAAAAUCCAUGGGGUUGGGUUCGUGAAAAUCCAUGCGCCCUGGAAUGUGCUCUGCAGAGAGGCUGAGUUUUUGAAACUGAAGAUGCCGACGAAGAAGAUGUAUCACAUUAGUGAGACCCGAGGCCUCCUGAAAACCAUCAACUCGGUGCUGCAGAAGAUCACGGACCCCAUCCAGCCCAAGGUGGCCGAGCACAGGCCCCAGACCACGAAGAGGCUCUACUACCCCUUCUCCCGGGAGAAGCAGCACCUAUUCGACCUGUCCGAUAAGGAUUCCUUUUUCGACAGCAAGACUCGGAGCACAAUAGUCUAUGAAAUUUUGAAAAGAACGACGUGUACCAAAGCCAAGUACAGCAUGGGGCAAGGAGAGGGAAGAAAGAAGGACUCUGCCCUUCUAAGUAAAAGGCGGAAAUGUGGGAAAUACGGCAUCACAAGCCUGCUGGCCAACGGCGUGUACUCAGCCGCCUACCCAUUGCACGAUGGAGACUACGAGGGGGACAGUAUUGAGUUCAAUGACAGGAAGCUUCUGUAUGAGGAAUGGGCGAGCUACGGGGUCUUCUAUAAGUACCAGCCCAUCGACCUGGUCAGGAAGUACUUCGGGGAGAAGAUUGGCCUGUACUUCGCCUGGCUGGGGGCAUACACCCAGAUGCUCAUCCCUGCCUCCGUCGUGGGAAUCAUUGUCUUCCUGUACGGAUGCGCCACAGUGGACCAGAACAUCCCCAGCAUGGAGAUGUGUGACCAGAGGUACAACAUCACCAUGUGCCCUCUCUGUGACAAGACCUGCAGCUACUGGAAGAUGAGCUCGGCCUGUGCCACGGCCCGCGCCAGCCACCUCUUCGACAACCCAGCCACUGUCUUCUUCUCUGUCUUCAUGGCCCUGUGGGCUGCCACCUUCAUGGAGCACUGGAAGCGGAAACAGAUGCGGCUCAAUUACCGCUGGGACCUCACGGGCUUCGAGGAAGAGGAGGAGGCGGUCAAGGAUCAUCCCAGGGCCGAAUACGAAGCCAGAGUCUUAGAGAAGUCACUGAGGAAAGAAUCCAAAAACAAAGAGAAGCGCCGGCAUGUUCCGGAGGAGUCAACAAACAAGUGGAAGCAGAGGGUUAAGAGCGCCAUGGCGGGGGUGAAAUUGACCGACAAGGUGAAGCUGACCUGGAAAGACCGAUUCCCGGCGUACCUCACCAACCUGGUCUCCAUCAUCUUCAUGAUCGCAGUGACAUUCGCCAUCGUCCUCGGUGUCAUCAUCUACAGAAUCUCCAUGGCCGCCGCCUUGGCCAUGAACUCCUCCCCCUCUGUGAGGUCCAACAUCCGGGUCACGGUCACAGCCACCGCGGUCAUCAUCAACCUGGUGGUCAUCAUCCUCCUGGAUGAGGUCUAUGGCUGCAUCGCCAGGUGGCUCACCAAGAUUGAGGUCCCGAAGACUGAGAAGAGCUUCGAGGAGAGACUGAUCUUCAAGGCUUUCCUGCUGAAGUUCGUGAACUCCUACACCCCCAUCUUCUAUGUGGCUUUCUUCAAAGGACGGUUCGUGGGACGCCCGGGAGACUACGUGUACAUCUUCCGCUCGUUCCGAAUGGAGGAGUGCGCCCCAGGUGGUUGCCUCAUGGAGCUCUGCAUCCAGCUCAGUAUCAUUAUGCUGGGGAAGCAGCUCAUCCAGAACAACCUGUUCGAGAUCGGCAUCCCGAAGAUGAAAAAGCUCAUCCGGCGCCUGAGGCGGCGGCGCCAGAGCCCCUCUGACCACGAGGAGCAGGGGAAGAGGAAGCAGCGCUAUGAGGUAGACUACAACCUGGAGCCCUUCGCCGGCCUCACCCCUGAGUACAUGGAGAUGAUCAUCCAGUUUGGCUUUGUCACCCUGUUCGUCGCGUCCUUCCCACUGGCCCCGCUCUUCGCGCUGCUGAACAACAUCAUUGAGAUCCGCCUGGAUGCCAAGAAGUUUGUCACUGAGCUCCGGAGGCCAGUGGCUGUCAGAGCGAAGGACAUCGGGAUCUGGUACAACAUCCUCAGAGGCGUUGGGAAGCUUGCUGUCAUUAUCAACGCCUUCGUCAUCUCCUUCACGUCCGACUUCAUCCCGCGCCUGGUGUACCUCUACAUGUACAGCCAGAAUGGCACCAUGCACGGCUUCGUCAACCACACGCUCUCCUCCUUCAACGUCAGUGACUUCCAGAACGGCACGGCCCCCAACGACCCCUUGGAUCUGGGUUAUGAGGUGCAGAUCUGCAGGUACAAAGAUUACCGUGAGCCCCCGUGGUCCGAGCAUAAAUACGACAUCUCCAAGGACUUCUGGGCCGUCUUGGCCGCUCGCCUGGCGUUCGUCAUUGUCUUCCAGAACCUGGUCAUGUUCAUGAGUGACUUUGUGGACUGGGUCAUCCCCGACAUCCCCAAGGACAUCAGCCAGCAGAUCCACAAGGAGAAGGUGCUCAUGGUGGAGCUGUUCAUGAGGGAGGAGCAGGGCAAGCAGCAGCUGCUGGACACGUGGAUGGAGAAGGACCGCUCACGAGAGGAGCCGUGCAACAACCACAACCCCAAAGCCCGCUCCGACAGCUGUGGCAGCGGCCCGGCCGCUAGCCAAGCAUACCACGGGGGCGCACUGUAGCUGUGCGGCAUGAUGGGCAGGCCAGCGGGCUUCCCCCACCGACAGCGCCCUCUUGUGGGCAGGCGCACUCACCCCCACCAGGGCCUGGUGGCUCCUGUGUUUUCUACAAACGUGGAGGACCACUUUCUGAUAGGACAAUGUUUUUCUGUCUUCUUUCUGUAUUUUUCCUUGUUUUUGCACAAGACCAUUAUGCAGGGAAUUUUUUUAUCUUUAGUGUUCAAGAUGAAUCAAAACGAUGGGUGGUGAUGGGGUGAUACGCGUGGCGAGGACUGGGGCUUUGCAGCACAGUAAGUGGAAGACUUGGGCCUCCUGUGCGAUGAGGAGAGGGCAGUAGCCCUAGAAAUCAUCCUCUGUCGUGUAACUGACGCCUCCGGGUAGAUGCAAAAUGGUGUUCAGAGGCACUGGGCAACAGCUGGUGCGGUGUUUCAGGGAGAACUGAGAAACUAAGAAGGAAUACGCAGUGUCUGUUCUGGUUCUGAAAGGCAUCACCUGCCUCUAGGUCAGAUAUGUUAGAAGACUUUUAAACAUCUUUUCCUUCUGAAAGUUCAGAACACAAACCCUUCUGGUCGGAAGAGAGGUGCCCAGCCCUGUCCACAUGGAGGGCAGGGGAGUUCCUGGUUUAGUCUGGGAGAACUAAGGGGUGCAAUCGUCCCUAAUUAGCAGUGACCAGUACCCUCGUGUCCCAGCCACUCCUGCACCCAUCACACUGCACUGACCUUGGAAUUGAUCAUCCAAGGUCCUGGGGAAUAAAACCAGGGUGACAGGAAACAAGGGUGCUUACCUGGGAGGCAUUUCUAAGAAAGGUUUAAGGGUUUCACCAAGUCCUGAGGCUUCCACGGUUUAUUCAAAGCCUUAGAAUAUUUAUUGGUUUUUUUUUUAACUCAAUAAUAGGGUGGAUUUGAGGAUUUUUUUUUCUUGUAGGUUGAGGUGGAAGGAGCUUAUUAGUUAACCAAAUAUCAUUGAGAGGAAUUUAAAAUACUGUUACUACCAAAGAUUUUUAUUAAUAAAGUCUUCUAUUUUGGUAACACUUCUCUAUAUUUUUACUUAUAGGAAUGUCACUGUUGGACAAUUAUCAUUUUACAAGCUUGUAAGAACAAGUCUCAUAAAUAAUACAAGCGAUCUAAAUUGCAGCAGUUAUACUAACCAAUUAACAGAAAUUUCUCAAGCACCAAGAGAAACAUAAAAAGAUGCUUCACCCGAAGCCAAGGAGAAAAAACUUCAGUGUAUUUGCCUUGAACUUGUCAUGGGUGUGAUGUUGACAUUCCUGUAAUCGGCCGACUAUGACCGAAGCCUAUGGGUGUCAUAGAUUUCCAUUAUUUGCUAAAAUCAUGCAAUCUGAUGCUUCUAUUUUCUCUUGUACAGUAAGUAGUUUCAGAUGAGGUUUUUGCAUAUAAAUAUUGUAUUAAAAACUAGGUGAUUACCAAAAAUCCUUUUAUGGAAACCAUUUUUUAAAAAACUGAAUGUACACAAAUUCACAGAGGACUGUGGCUGAACAUUCAUUUAAAUAAAUUUGAAUACACAAUGUUCUCA